AUGUUAUUCACUGACACGCAUCGUGUCGCGAUGACUGUUGCCAAGCUGAUGUGGACGACGACUCUAUUGGCCAGACUGACGGGAUGGAAGAGUCUGAUGACCGGGCUACUGGCAUCAGCGCUUGUCAUGCCGUGUAGUGCUCUCCUAACCAAGAGGUAUGGCAUUACAAAGGCAGAGCAGGCAAAUAUUGAGCGAGAGCGGUCCGGUGUACUCGCAGCUGCCCUGCUGGCGGUUCGGCAGAUAAAACUCGCCUCUGCGGAAGAGACCUGGAAGCUGAGGAUACAGCAACUAAGGGACAAGGAGCUUAAGCAUCUGCUCACUGGUGCCGUCUGGCUAUCGCUGCUCGUUUUCGUGGCAAACAUCAGCCCCGUUAUCCUCGCCGGUGUUCCGAUAUACAUCUUCACGCUACAGGGCUACAAGCUGACCGCAUCAAUCGCAUUUACCUCCAUCAGUCUGUUCCGGCAGCUUCAGUCGGACAUAUCCUACCUGCCUCUGAUCACUCCGUACAUAUGGGAGGCUUGGAUGGACCUUUGUCGGCUGGAGGCGUUCUUUGCCCAGGACGAGCUGGAUAAGACUCAAGUCACACCGGCCAAAACGGUGAAGCUGGAGAAAGCAGCUGUUACCUGGCAUGCUACCGGGAGCAAGGAGAACAAGGCCUUUACGCUGAAGGACCUGUCUGUGCAGUUUCCGAACGGUGAGCUCAGCGUAAUAACUGGGAAUACCGGGUCUGGAAAAUCGUUGCUGCUGGCUGCCAUUGCGGGCGAAGCCAGGCUUCUUUCUGGUAGCAUCCACCGUCCAUGUAGCAGUGCGAACUCCGAUAUCAAAGCCGAUGAUACCUGGAUCUCUGCGGGUCAGAUGGCUCUCGUAACGCAGUCCCCCUGGAUGGACAACACCACAAUUCGCGAGAACAUUCUCUUCGGCCUCCCUUUCGACGAGGAACGGUACGCUCGCGCCCUCCAUAGCUGCGCCCUCAAGAAAGACCUCGCCACGCUCAAGGAUGGCGACUCUACGCUCGUGGGCAUCAAGGGCGUCACGCUGAGCGGCGGGCAGCGCUGGCGUGUCGCCCUCGCGCGGGCGCUGUACUCGCGGGCCAGCCUCUUGCUACUGGACGAUGUCUUGAGCGCUGUUGACGCAGAGGUUCGUGAGUGGAUCGUUGAGAGGGCGCUCUUUGGGGACCUUGCCAGGGGGCGUACGCGUAUCCUGGUGACGCAUCAUGUGUCGCAUUGCGUGGCGAGAGCUGCGUGCCUGGUUCGCCUUUGCGACGGGAAAGCACAGAUCCAGUUUCGACAUCCUCCGCCAACUGAUGUGCCGAGACAACAGGAUUCUCGCCAUGUUCUUGCUGAUCAAGUUCAUUUAGAAGAUCUGUCGACUGCAGAGCGCAAGAUAGACUCAAGUGCAAGAAAGGAAGCAAAACAGAUCUCAUCGGAAACACUCCAGAAACCACUACCGAGUUCUUACCGGACGUAUUUUAUCGCCACGGGCGGCACCCCAAGCUGGCUACUUGCCUUGCUGAGCGCUACGACAUGUGAACUAGUCGGUCUUGCUACAGCAUGGUGGCUCAAGGAAUGGGCCUCUCAAGACAAGUCCCGACAUUAUCAGGAGCGCCGCGUUCUCUCUUACGGCGCAACCUAUAUACUGGUGGCCACUUUAAGCUGCCUUGUCACUGCCGCUAGGUGCGCUGUGUGGUAUAGUAUCGGUUUGAAAGCCUCCAGGAAUCUCUUCCGGGCCAUGACGGCGGCCAUCUUCGGGGCGAAGCUCCUGUGGCUGGAGGGGACAUCGCACGGGGAGAUUCUUACGCGAUUCACGUCGGACAUGAACGCUGUCGAUGAGCGACUGUCGCAUGGUGUGGGCUACAUGAUUGAAAGCGUGGCAAAGCUCUUGUCCAUCUUGUUUACGAGGUGCGUCGCUUCUUCCUCCCCGAAAGCCUUCCUUGCACUGACUUGGUUAUAA